AUGGGCGGCGGCGACAAAAUCCCAUACCCAAAGCACGUGUGGUCACCCUCCGGUGGUUGGUACUCGCGACCCGCAAACUGGAAGGGAAACACGGCUAUCAUGUUCGGCGUCAUCGGGGGCUGCGUUGCGCUCAUGUGGAAGUUGAGCGCCGAGCGGGAAUACCGCACGCGUAUGCCAGACCCUGACCGGUUCUUUCCGAGUCGAUACUGGAGCAAGCAGAUUAUCGAGUUCGAGAGAGGCGCCAAGGAUUCUAAAUAA